ACACAAAGUUUCCUCAUACUAUAUAUCAAACUACGCCAUGAGUGUUGCAGUCAAGGUUUGCGGCCAAGUACCGGCUGAGGAGAAGUGGAUUAAAAUCCCCGAUGUUAGUGGCCACUGCGUGCAAGAGGUCGCAAAGCUUGCGGUGGAACAGUUCAACGUUCAACAUGGACACAGUCUUAAAUACGAAAGCAUUCAUGAAGGAUGGUAUUGUGAACUGGGUCAAAACAACCUAAAGUACCGUCUUCAUAUUAGGGCGAUAGACUUUCUUCAACGCUCUCUCUUGUAUGAGGCACUUGUGUUCGAAGAGAAACCUAAGUUUGAAAGAAUCAGAAAGUUGAUAUCUUUCGUCUAUAUAUUGAAUCCUGGACACUAUGUUGGGCCGGUAGAUCCACCCAAAGUAUUGAAGUGGAUUAAAAUUCCUAAUCUUCGAGUGCCAUUUGUGCAAGAAGUAUCAAAUUUUGCAAUUGAUGAGUACAACAAAAAUGGAUAUGGCAUAAAAUAUGUUGAAAUCUAUGACGGUUCGUAUGCGGAGAUGGGUCAAGACAACAUAAAGUUUCACGUUCGUAUUAAGGCGAAAGAUUUGUUUGGACGUUUGUGCAACUACGAGGCUUUUGUUCUUGUCAGACAUUUGUUGUCUAAGAAAAUCAUGAUUUUCGAAGGUUUUAGGAUUUGCGAUCCAAUAAAGAUUGUGCCCGAGUGGAUUCUAAUACCUGAUUUGAAGGCGCCUGGCUUGCAAGUGGUUAUAAAGUUUAUGUUGGAAGAGUUAAAACUUAAAUUUGGAGAUAGGUUGAAAUUUGAUAGCAUUUAUGAAGGUUGGUAUUUUGAGUUGUGCCCAAACAGCCUAAAGUAUCGUUUCCAUGUUAAGAUGAUAGACUUUUUGGGGCGUUCUUUCAAAAUUGAGGUUAUUAUUAUCGAAGAGAGACAUGACUUUCGAAGAAUUUUGAAGCUGAACUCUAUCAAUUUCAUAGUAAUUCCUGGAUCUUCGGAGAAGAAGUGGAUAAAAAUUCCUAAUGUUCAGGUGCCGUUAGUGCAAGAGCUAGCAAAGUUUGCCGUGGAUGAACAUAAUAAUAAAAGUGGAGAAGGCCUAAAAUAUGUUGAAAUCUGCGACGGCUGGUUUAUGGACCUGGGUCAAGACAACAUAAAGUUUCGUCUUCAUCUUAAGGCGAAAGACUGGUUGGGACGUAUACGCAUCUAUGAGGCUGUUGUGCUUGUUGAGGACUUUAUCUCCAAGAGAAUCAAGAUUCUCGAGUCUUUCAAGUUUUGCGGUCCUCCAUCAUCGGUUAAACCCGGGUGGAUUCAAAUACCUAAUCUUAAGGAGCUUGGCUUGCAAGUGGUUAUAAAGUUUAUGUUGGAACAGAUCAAAAUUAAAUUUGGAGAUAGUUUGAAAUUUGAUUGCAUUUAUGAAGGUUGGUAUGUUGAGUUGUGCCCAAACAGCCUAAAGUACCGUUUCCAUGUUAAGGUGAUAGACUUUUUGGGGCGUUCUCUCAAACUUGAGGUUAUUAUUAUCGAAGAGAGACGUGACCGUCUAAGAAUCUUGAAGCUGGUCUCUAUCAUUGUCAUAGUAUCUCCUGAACCUCCAGAGAAGAAGUGGAUAAAAAUUCCUAUUCUUCAGGCGCCAUUAGUGCAAGAGUUAGCAAAGUUUGCCGUGGAUGAAUAUAGUUCAAACAGAGUAGGCCUAAAAUUAGUUGAAAUCUAUGACGGCUGGUUUAUGGACCUGGGUCAAGAUAACAUAAAGUUUCGUCUUCAUCUUAAGGCGAAAGAUUGGUUGGGACGUAUCCGCAACUAUGAGGCUGUCGUGCUUGUUGAGCACUUUUUCUCCAAGAGAAUUAAGAUUCUCGAAUCUUUCAAGCUUCUCAGUCCACCGGUUGAAGGCAAGUGGAUUCCAAUACCUAAUCUUAAGGAGCAUGGCAUACAAGCGCUUGUACAGUUUAUAGUGGAGCAACUCAAAAUUCGAUGUAGAGAUUGUUUGAAAUUCGAUAGCAUUUAUGAAGGUUGGUAUUUUGAGCUGUGCCCAAAUAGCCUAAAGUUCCGUUUGCAUAUUAAGGCGAUAGACUUUCUGGGACGUUGUCUCAAUUAUGAAAUUAUUAUUGUCGAAGAGAAACAUAUUUUGAAGCUAGAAUCUAUCAUCGUCAUAUUGUCUCCUGGACACUGCGUUGGGCCUAUGGAUCCACCCAAGGUCGAGAAGUGGAUUAAAAUCAGUAAUCUUCAGUUUUCAUUCGUGCAAGAGGUAUCAAAGUUUGCGUUGGAUGACUUCAACGUUAAAUCUGGAGAUAGCCUCAAAUACGAUGGCAUUUACGAUGGUUGGUAUAUGGAGAUGGGUCAAGACAACAUAAAGUUUCGUAUUCAUUUAAAGGCAAAAGACUGUCUGAGUCGUGUGCACCACUAUGAAGCUCAUGUGUUUGUAAAGAACUUUCUCGGUCAAAGAAUUAAGAUCGUCGAAUCUUUCAAGCUUAUCGAAAGGAAGUGUUAGAAACUCCCCUCUUCGUAUCAUGUAACAUGCGAGGGUUACUAAAAACCGCAUGGCUAUCUAUAAAGAAAUAGUCAUGCGAGAAUGAAAUAAAUCUUUUUUAAGUAUA